UCAGUAGUGGUUCAAAUAUAUUCUAGGGGGAAUUGUUUAACACAGACAGAAGAGAUCCUGUAGUGAUCGAAUUAUUGCACUCUGUUCCACAACAAUAGGUCUGCUGCCUGUUUUAGACAGAAGAAGUAAGGCUGAUUUAUGUGGAAUUUCUGAGCUCUGUGGAAAACUUCUAAGAGUCCUCAUUCUCUGGGCCACUUGCCUGCUUUAGUUAGGCAAGGUCACCAGUCACCUGACCAAUACAUUGAACAGCUGGAACACAGUCACAGUGCUGCACUAGCAACAAUUUUGUUCUCUUCAAGUUCAGGAAAGGAAAGGGAAAAUGUGCUUACAAGAAGAGGUUCUCCAGAGCUGCUGGAACAUGUAGGUUGCAAAUAUUGAACACAACAGGUUAUGUCCGCAAAACUACAAAUCUCAAACAAUGAACAAAUCAAAUGCAAACGGCCUGUCAUCAAAGCCAUGUGAGAGUGGAGGCCAGCGGAAACAGCUCCCCUACUCGGUGGAAACUCCAUAUGGAUUUCAUUUAGAUUUGGAUUUCCUGAAGUAUGUCGACGACAUUGAAAAAGGAAAUACAAUUAAAAGGGUUCACAUUCACAGACGAGCCAAGGAUCCCAAAUUCAGCACACUGCCCAGAAACUUCAGCCUACCAGAUCAUGGCUCCAGAUCUGCUCCCAAGGACAGCUGGAAUACCCCAGGCUCUUACCUGCCAAAAAACAAAUCUAGAGCCCUGGAUGUCCAACAGAUCUUUGACUUCAGGGCAGCCGAAAGCAUGACACCAGAAUCUCCCAGGGCACUGGGUUUUAGUUUCAGUUCAGUGAAAGCUUUUGAUGAGCAGCCCUUGGGAUUUCGAGUUAGGCCUCAGCUUUUGAGAACUUCUAGCCUGCCUGUGACAGUCCUUCAGAGGAAGAACUCAGAACCUUCUGAAGAUCAAGCCCCUCCGCCCAUCAGGAGCUCCAACAAACCGAAUGGCACCUCUGAAAACAGCUUUUGGUCGCUUAAUGCCUCACCUAGCCCAGACAACAAACAUCAGCUGACCGCGCAAAAGGAAAUGUCCAGCCUACAUCAGCAGUUCACAAACGCUUUACAAAGGGUCAAGGAGCUUGAGGAGCAAGCGAGAAUGAUUCCAGAACUGAAAGAACAAAUAUGUUCUCUGAGGGAAGAGAAAUAUCAGCUCAUUCUUAAACUUCCCCCUCAGUCUGCGGUGGCCACAGAAGAAAAAACACUGCACUCUGAACACGAGAGAAGAAAUGGCCAGUCACAAUGUAAAGAACUGCCUGAAGGUUUAAACAAUACACCUGCUAGCCAGCUUUCAGCUCAGUGUAUGUCAGCUUCAGCUGACAAGCUUAGAGAUACACAGGAUACACAAAAAACAGUAAAAGCACUGGCAAGUCCAUCAGUACAGAAUGUAGGUGUGGGUGUGACAGAAAAAGAUUUAGGUUUAACAUCUGAGCAGGUAAGCAGCGAUACAGGACCACUCACUAUCAUAGCACUGAGGACAAAACUCACCGUUGUAGAAAAGCAGUUGAACGACACUACCAAAGAGCUGGAUAAAGUAAACUCUCUACUAAAGGAGCAAAUGAAAGAAAACGUGAGGAAGGAAGAAAGGAUAAAGAUUCUGACAGAAGAGGCAGAGGCCCGUGCAAAUCUCAAGGAGGCAAAGGUAUUACAAAGAGCAGCAGACACAGUGGAGACCAAGCUUGACUCAGACUGUGUUUGUCUCUGUGAUGCAGCAGUGGGGAUGGCAACAAAAGAGGAAGGAAACAUCUUCUGUGAUAAAGGAGUUAUGACUGAUGGUAUAUUCCAGCAAGGGGCUUGCGAGAAUCUGACUGAAACGCAACCAAAAGACCUCAGAAGCUCUAAGAAUCAGACAGACUGUGUGUCAACAAAUGAAGUGCAUGUUUCUGUAAAAGUCCUUACAGAGGAUAAGUCUGUAGAGGCUGUGGUGAGCACCUGUGAUAAAGCUGUUGAAACUGCUCAACUAGUGACAGCCUGUCCUAACACUGCUCAAGAGGACCCUCCUAUUGAUUGCACACACAAGGAACCUGAAGUGCCCUUAGAGUACACAAGCAAUGGUAACCAACUAUCUCCUAUUUCUGUCUGCAAAGAUGGUGUAGGCUGCGUGGCUGAACAAAUGCAAGAAUGGCAAAAAGAGGGUACAGAUGAAUCAGGAAGCAAAGCUCUCCACCAACAGGAAACAGAUGAAUCCACAUCUUCCCAGGCUGCUCUUGGACAUUAUGUAACACGAAUCCAAGAACUUUUGCAUGAACAAUGGGCCUGCCUGGAAAAUGGACACCCAGAACUUGCCAGCACACUAAGGCAACCUGCCUCAAAAAUCAGCUCCAUUCAAAACCAGCUAGUCAGUUCCCUUAACGUUCUCUCUUCUAUGUAUUCCUCACAAGUACACAAAGAGGAGAGCAGUAGAGAUUCUCAGCAAGAAGGGUGCUCUCCACCCUCAGCCUUGAAAUCCAUCAUGAAGAAGAAGGACUGCAGUGUCAGGCUGGGAAGCAGUGGAGCCAAAAAGAACCUGAAGUUUGUUGGAGUGAAUGGCGGGUAUGAAACGACUUCGAGUGAGGAGUCCAGCGGAGAGGACGAGGAGAAUGAUAGCUCAGAGGAGAGAGAGGAUGGAGGGGUCGAGGCGGCUCAGAGCACCAAUUCAGAAGAGUCUGAGAGGACUGGAGGUCAUUCGCAGGUGACCAGUGAGUCCAGCAAUAUGCCACAGCCAGAGGCGGCAAGCAGGGAAACAGUGGAUGAGGAUUUCAUGGCUGCAUGUCUUUUCCUUAAAGAUCACCUUUCAGAGGUUAUCUCUCCCAGCAGAGAACUGAGGCAGGUCCUGAGUGUGGUUUACUACGAAUGGUUCCGUGUUUCCAGUCAGAAGGCUUCCCAGGCCCAUGCCUUGGCUCUGUACCUCCAGGAGCUGAAAGCUGUCUCUCCCGAAGUCCUGGAGUUUGUCAUCAACUCAGCUGAUGGCAAUGGAAAUACUGCUCUUCAUUACAGUGUCUCCCACUCCAACUUUCGCAUCGUCAAACUGCUCCUGGACACAGGCUUGUGCAAAGUGGAUCAUCAGAACAAAGCGGGCUACACUGCCAUCAUGCUGGCCUCCCUAACUGCUGCCGACUCUCGGGAGGACAUGGAUGUGGCCCUGCAGCUUCUGAAGCAGGGGGACAUCAACACAAGGGCCAGUCAGGCUGGGCAGACAGCUCUGAUGCUGGCUGUCAGUCACGGCCGGAUUGACAUGGUGCGACUGCUGCUGUCCUGCAACGCCGACGUCAACGCUCAGGACGAUGAUGGCUCCACAGCGCUCAUGUGCGCGUGCGAGCACGGUCAUGCUGACAUCGUCCGCCUCCUGCUCGCGCUGCCGGCCUGCGACGCCAGCAUCACCGAUAAUGAAGGCAACAGUGCUUUGUCUAUAGCUCUGGAAGCUUCCCACACGGAGAUAGUUGACCUUCUGAAGGCCCACACAGACCACGGGACCCCUGACACUUCGUAGCUGUUUGAACCAAAGGCUCUUUUAUUCCCAGGCACAUGACUACAAAGGCUCCAUUCAAAGACAGCUCCUGGCACUUCUGAUGUUGUCUUCAACUAGCCUCUGAACUGUGUCCAUGAUUAAAACGAGAUAUUUCAAAUAUUUAUGGACAUUCCUUCUAAGUGAUUAGCAUUUCGCUAGUGCCCUAUGAGAAAAAGACCCUCGCACACCAAUCAAACCCAUAGCGGGUGUUCGUAGCUGUGUGACAAGUGCACUGAGCUCGGCCAUGCUCCUUCAGCUGCCAGGAGUUGACUAAAAUCAAAACUCCAGUCUCUUAACUGUUGAAGAUGACAUACCAAUUGGAUUUGUGAAGGAAAUAAAAGAUUUUGUUCACAUUUCCCUUAUUGUGAGACAAUAUAUUUAUAUAUUUUGGCUACUGUGUAAAGUUUAUAUGUUUGAAAUCAUACCCUGUAUCACUCUGGGGGAUAUGGGUUGUUCAUUUUAUGUCUAUUUUGUUAAUCCUGCUUGUUGUUUGAAAGGAUUUGCUCUUGCUUCUGAAUAUUUAUUUCCCUACUUUGCCCUCACCAAUGAGUGGGGAAAAUGGGGGAACCUGAGGCACUAUCCGCAGAACUGAGUUAUUCUAUGUAGUACAGCGCAAAGAGGAAGAGCAAAUUCUGGCUAGACAAGAAAAAUGUCAGCCUUCCCAGACUGCUUUGUCUGUUUAGAUGCUGUAUAUACAGUACUAUCCUUGCCAAGCUUAUUUUAGCCCCAAACAUAGCACAAUACUGUUAAACCUUUUUUGGCUGUUAAUCUCUGUCCAGGUUCGAUAAGCUAAAAGCCUUGACUUACAUCUUCCAGUUUCUUUUUUUUUUUGCAAUUAUAUUUUGUGCAACUUUAUUAUUGUCUCCUGUAUUAGUGUAAUCCUGAAAGCCAUUAAUAAUGUGCAAAAUGUUGUACAAACCGUGAAGGCACCGAUCCCAAUUUCCUAUACAAUCAAUGAAGUUAGAAAGCAGGACUGGUACAGUAAUUCUAAUGGAGCUACUUGUGUCAGUUAAAAAAAUCAUUUUUCAAUGACCAGAACUCUGGCAUGAUAAUCAUGGAACACAUCAUCAUUGUAUGAGUCCAUUGUCAGGCACACUUGAUUCCUUUGACUGUUGCAUGUCUCUCAAGGACACUCUUGUCCAGGAAUGUCAAAAUGUCAAUAUCAAAGUCAAUGUCAUUCUUUGACAAAUACAGUAUAUAGGUUACAGUAUAUUUCUAUAUUUCCUAUAUACUGACAGAUAUAUAGGUUAUAUUCAUAGCUCGUUUCGAUGAGCAAAACGCAGCAUUCUACAGCAUGUUUGGUUAUACAGUAUAAGUCAAGAUACUUUGUGUGAGUAUCUGAAAAUAAGAGUUCAGGUGGGUAGCUGCGUCAGCAUGCGUAGGCUGUAAAGGAACAAGUAAUAGGUUUAUUCGAUGCUGAAUA